UGCAAGAAACCAACAGCCGGCCGGUCGAUCGAUCGAGAGAAGAUGGCUGCUAAGCUUGCCGCCCUAGUCACCUUGCUUGCGUUCGUUUCGCCCGCGGCGUGCUUGGGCACCAACGUUUGCUUCGUUGGGUGGCUCCCAAUCGUGAGCUCCCUGCUCUGUAGUCCAAGACUGAGGUCGAGGCCGAGCCCUCCUCCCUCAGGGUCAGAGCUCCGUGUCGGCUACUACGGCGACUCCAACAACCAGAACUCGUACUGCCCUAGCGCGGAAACGACUGUGAGGAGGGUCGUGGAAGACGCCAUCUUCCAAGACCGUGGCAUUGGCGCAGCGCUCAUUCGUCUCUUCUUCCACGACUGCUUUGUUCGGGGGUGCGAUGCUUCAGUUCUCCUGAACACGACAAACUCCAAGAACAGCGACACGGAGAGGGAAGGCCCACCCAACAAAGACAGCCUCCGCGGAUUCGAGGUGAUCGACACGGCAAAGGAGAAGCUCAACGCUGAAUGCAAUGGAAACAAAGUCUCGUGCGCCGACAUCCUUGCCUUCGCCGCCCGUGACGCGUCCAAGAUCCUCAGCGGCGGCGGCAACUUCAGCUUCCCCAUGCCGGCGGGGCGCUACGACGGGCGUGAGUCCUUCGCCGACGAGACCGACCAGCUUCCUGGGCCGGGCAGCAACUUCCAGCAGCUCGAGCAGAAAUUCAUGGACCAGGGGCUCGACGCCAAUGACAUGAUCACGCUCUCCGGCGCGCACACCAUCGGCCGCGCCCGCUGCCUGUUCUUCAAAGAUCGCCUCUCCAGCAUGGACGCCGCCCUUGCCGCCAAGCUGAGGAAGGAGUGCAACGGUAACGAUGACAACAGGGUGGAUCAAGACAGUGAGACCCCUGACGUCUUGGACAGCCAGUACUACCGGAACGUGAUCGGCAACAAAGUGCUGUUCGCGUCGGACGACGCGCUCAGGCCGGCUAAACUGGCGGAUGACUACGCAAACAAUCGGGUGUCGUGGGAGAGCGCGUUCGCGAAAGCGAUGGUGAAGAUGGGCAACGUCGGGGUCAGGACCAGACCCGACAGCAACAGCGAGAUCAGGAAGCAAUGCUGGAGUGCCAACUAGCUAGCUUGCUGGCGACUGCCAAACGUGGUUGGCUGCAUGCAUUCCUCAGAUCGGGGAUAUGUAACCUCGUCUAGAACUACGUACCACUGUGGUUUUCUCAUACUGCAACUGUGUGUGUUUCGUUAUAUUUGUAUUGCAUUUAUUAUCAUGUUUUGAAUAUAUAGCCGGAAGUUAUACUUCAGUCAUCGAAAAAAAUAUUUUAUCUUAUA